GGAGCCGUGCUGUGAGCUUUUUAUAGAUCAGUGGCUGCGCGGUCAGCAGACAAAAACAGGAAGUCAACAAAGUUAAAGAAAAAUAAAGUCAGUUUCACUUUACUCUUUCUACACUACCGUUGAAACGGCGGCAUGAAUUCUGCUGCCUCGUCGACUAUUGGGGAGUUAUUCCUGACCCUCAGGGAGAUGGGUUUCACAGAGGAACAGAUCCAGGCUGCUGUGCAGGCGGGACAUUUUUCUGUUCUAGAGGCCACCGAGUGGCUCCUGCAGGGUCAGUAUCCACGGCAUACGUUGGUCAACAAGUCCCCCCAGCAAGCUGAAACAGCAUUUUCUGCAUUCAACCCUCCUAAAGAAGCAGCACACUCAACAGACCCUUCAUUGGUGCUGAGACCACCGCAGCCCUAUUCCCCAUCUUCAGACCCACUACCAGUGGUAUCUCGCAUCAAGCAUGACAACAGCAACUUUGAAGAACAAGAGAGGCAACGUGUAGCUCAGGAGGCCAGGGCAGAGAAAAAACACAAGCAACGGGAACGUGAGUUGGUGCUAAAGCGGAUAGCUGAUGACCGGAGAAGCUUGCAGGAGAAGAACCAGAGCCGUGCCAUCACAGAGACGUCUCCUACAAGUGAAGGACAGAAGCUUGAAGGAAAGAUGGAGAGGAAUGUUGAUAACAACUGUAUCCUCAUGAUUCGGCUGCCGUCCGGCGAAUCCUUGCGGGAGCGCUUUGCAGCAGAUGCCCCUCUGCAGACUGUAGUGGAGCACAUCUCUGACCGCCACCCCUCCCUCCCUGCCUUUACUCUCCUCCAGGGUUUCCCACGCAAACGCUUUGGGGAGGCGGAGCUAACUUGUUCGCUGCGCUCGCUUGGCCUCACACCCAAUGCUGCAUUGUGUAUACAGAUCACUCCUCCAGAGACACCACAGGAUCCACAAAGGCCAGCAGAUCAGCCACCUGUUGGACAGAAUGACCACGCUUCAAGUGGUGCGUCUCCUCAACCACAUGUCCCUGUCCAGGAGGUGGCAGGAAGACAGGACUUUUUUGUUCCCCCGCCAUUACCAGACCAGAUAUUCAGUCCGGCAGCGGUUUAUGAAGGGCUCCCUUCACCGUCUGGGCAUUCUCACUUCUGGGGUCAAGGCCAGAGAUUGGUUUCUGGUGAUGCUGAAGAAGCUCCUGAUUUAGAAGAUAAUGAAGAGGGAGAACCACCUCCCAUACUUCAUGGGAUGCCGAGGCUGCCUUUCUUUCCAGAAAACAGGAUGCAUGGAAGAUUUGAGCCCAGGCACCAGUGGCCAGAGCAAGGCAAUCGACUCAGGGAGGGCCCAGUGGAGGAUCAAGCAGAACCUGAGGAUGUACGAGGUCGGGAGGCUCCUGCAGUAGCAGGUCUGGCUGCGGUGGAGCGUCUGCAAAGAGCUGCUCAGCCUGAGUACCUCAUUGCUUCCCAGGAACAGCCAUCGCCCAGUAAAAGACCCUUCAGAACACCCAGCGUGCCAUCCCUUCGUGCCUUAGCAACACAAGGGACCGUCCACCUCAUGAUGGUUCCCAGUAUGCAGUACAGCAGCAGUCUUGCAUGCCUGACCCCAGAACUAGCCGAGCUUCUGCUCAACCACAUGAUCCGGGAGAGGCUCCUGCGUCCGCGCAUCCUGGAGUUCUUCUUCGGCUGCCCGUUGCAGAAGUUUGUCCUUAACUGCUACCCUUAUUCCACCAAUGAGCUCCUGCGGCAGUUACGGGCCUUCACAGCCCUGAAAUAUCUAAGCCUGGUCCACUCACCUCUCAUCACUGACUUUGGGUUGUCAGUCUUGUCCAACCUGGUGAAGCUCCAGCACCUUAACUUGGCCUCCUGCAGCAAACUGACAGACUCCUGUUUGCAACAUGUCACAGGUUUGAGAAACCUGAGUUUCCUUUCUCUGGAUCAGACCAAAGUGACGGAUGCUGGGAUGAUGUUAUAUCUCCAGUCAGCUCCGUCCAGCCUCACUCAGCUCAGCCUGAACCAGACGGCAGUGACUGAAGCCACCCUGGCCGUCCUACCAACCUGCGUACCACAGCUGUGGCUCCUCAGCAUCAAACACACUAUGGUCACUGAUGUGUCAGCUUUAUCCGAGCUGACCAACCUGCAGACUCUCUACUUAGAUGGAACAGAAGUGACAGAAGUCUCCCUGGAGAAACUCGCCACCCACCCUGCCUUGUCUUCUCUGAGUCUGGCAGGAAUCCCUGUCGUGGAUGGGAACCACGCCCUGCAGAUCAUCUCAGAUCUAAAGUUGACUCAGUUGACCCUUCCAGGGCGUCACUGUGUGACAGACAGUGGGCUAUCGUUCCUCUCCAGACUCUCCUUGCUCUCCGAGCUCGACCUGAAAGACUACACACAGGUCACAAACCAGGGUGUCAGCCAGCUCUCCAGCCUGAUCAGGUUGAAGAAGCUGUCUCUCAGUAAUACUCAGGUGACGGAUGCAGGACUUCCUCCUCUGCGUGGUCUGCAGGAGCUGGAGGAGCUGUGUUUGGACCGCACAGCCGUCACCAGCCGAGGAGCGGCUGAACUCAUUGUCUGUCUGCCACACCUCCAGGUAUUGGGGUUAGCCAGCACUCAGGUGGGCGAUAACAUUGUGAGGAAUGGUCUGAUCCACUGUAAACAGCUGGUUAAACUUAAUCUCAGCCGCACAAGAAUCACAGACAACGGUCUCAAAUUUUUGAAGAACAUACGUCUUGCUCAGGUGAACCUGGAUGGAACCGGUGUGAGUCAGACUGGUAUUGCGAGCCUCCUUUCUUUGGCCAACAUCGGCAGCGUCCGUGCCAGCAACACUCGCCGGAUUGCCCCUGAUGACGUCUCAGAUGAAGAGUGCGAAGCCCAGUCGCAGUAGACCAAGCAUCUUCCUGGGGGAUCCCAAGGUGUUCCUAAACCAACUAAUAAAUAUAAACCCUCCAGCAUGUCUUGGGUCUUCCUUGGGCCUUCCCCCAGUUGAACGUGGAUGGAAAACCUCCCUAGAGAGACAACCAGGGGAACUCAGGUGGCUGGUUUCAAUGUGAAGCAAGAUCUCCUCAAUUCCUCCUGGAUCUUAGAGCUUCUCACCCUGUCCCAGAACGUAAGCCCAGAUACAGGAGAAAUUUCAUUUCCGCCACUUGUAUCUACUCCUUUGUUCUUUCAGUCAUUACCGAACGAACAUUCACGAUCAUAGGUGAGGACAGGAACUUCACGACUGGCCAUUACAGCAUAUGCAGAACAUCAUACUUUGCCAGUCUGUUGAUCUCCAAGACACCAAGACUCUUCCAUUUGGGGCAACAACACUCCCAAACCAGAGGGACAACCCACCCUUUUCCAACAGAGGACCAUGGUCGCAGUAUGAUGAAACCAACAGAACCAACCACAUGGUCCAUAAAAGCAAGAGGUCAAAAAAGCAGAAUUGAGGUCACCAAAUUGGACAAUGCGCAGUCACUGACUGUGGAUUGAAAUCCUGUCCAUGAACAUCACAAACAGGAUCAGUGACAAGCGGGAGCCCUGGUGUAGCCAAAUGCCCACUGGCAACAUGUCUGAUGUAAUCUUGAAAAUGUGGACACAGCUCCUACUUUGGUCAUACAGAAACACAAUCGCAUGUUGCAAUGACUCUAGUAACCAAUACUCCUGCAGCCCCACCCACAAUCCCUGUCAUACACCUUUUCCCCAAGUCCCCAAAAAGUGUGGACUAAUUGGCUGGACUCCCAAGACCCUUCAAAUAUCCUUGCAGUAGUAAUAUCUUUAAGUAAGGUACAGAAUGCAAAAUAUUGUCCUGAUCUCCAUCUUGUGCUCCGUUUAUGGUUUUUAUGUUGAAGUCGGUUUUAAUUUUUAGUGUCGAUAUGUAAGAUCGGAUCUAUGCAGCCAUAAGGACCACAAGCCAAAAUCCAAAGCACCGUCAUCAGUUUUGUCCUCAUUAACAAAGAUAGUUUAUUUUUCCGCCAGAGGUGAUUUUUGAUACAAGCACUGUAUUCAGAAAAAGAAAUUAAAGUCUUCUCUAAAUGCUGUUUUUUUUUCCAUUUAUUUAAACCUUUAUUGCAUUACAUUGUUAAAUGAGGCGUGACUGCCCGUUUUAACAGAGGGGAAGUUGACUUCAAUAUAAAACUAAAAGCUGCUGCAUUACAUGUGUGAAACAGAACAUUUGGACAAAA